CCCCCCCCGAGCUUCCCCAGGCCCCCCCCUCACCUCCCCCGCCCGGUCCCCGCCGGGGGUCGGACCCUCCUCCAUCGUGUCGAAGAUCGCGGCGACCGGGGGGGGUCCCAGCGCCGCCAGCGCCGCCAUCGCGGGAGCACAGAGACGGCGCCGGAGGAGCAGAGCGGCCCCCGCGGGGACCAUCGAGACGGGGCCGGGGGGGCAGAGCGGCCCCGCCGGAAGCGGAAGCGGCCGGAGCGGCAGCCCAUGGACCCCCCCGCGGACCCCUCGCUGCUCUCGGCCGAGCUGGAGGCGGAGGAGGAGGAGGAGGAGGAGGCGCUGCGGCGGCUCCUGCUGCAGGUGACCCCGGCCCAUGAGGAGCCCCCGCCCGCCGGCCCCGCCCGCGCUGUCACCCCCCAGCCGGGGCUGUGCGUGAAGACCCGCACGGCGACGGGGGACAAGGUGUUUGUGAACGUUUGUCACUCGGGGGAGGUGCCCCCUCCCCCUGCCCUGUCCCCCCCCGGCCUCCAGCGGCUCCUCCAGGACCCCCCCGGCCCCGACGGCGCCUUCCGGAUCCCCAUGAGCCUGGGGGAGCCCCAUGCCGAGCUGGACCGCGGAGGCCGCGGCUGCACCGCCUACGACGUGGUCGUGAACUCGGGGUUCUUCCGGACCCUCCAGACCGACCCCUUGUACCUGGAGUUCUUCCUGACCGUGGCCAUGGAGGGGCUGUCGGAGAAGUACGGGGUGGAACUGGAGCUGACUGGCUGGCGGGUGCUGAAGAACCGCAGGUUCCUGGGCUCCAUCUCGGCCCAGAACAUCCGGGCCCGGCCCCAGCCCCGCAUCCAGGAGCUCCAGGGGUCCCCCCCGGAGCCACCGACACCCCACAGCCCCACAGAGCCCCCCCAGUUCGUGGUGGUGGCUGAACCCUCGGCCCAGCACCCGGAGGUGCUGCAGGCGCGGGUCCUCCUGCCCGAAAUUGAGGGGGCGGGGUCUCUGUGGCUCGGGCUGAGCGAGGAGCGGCUGGUGCUGGCCCGGCCGCCAGGGGGCGCCGCGCUGCUGGAGCUGGGGCUGCCCCGCCCCGCCGACCCCGCGCGCGGCCGCGCGCGCUUCCACCGCCGCUCCAAGGUGCUCACGGUGACGGUGCCGCUCCGGGCCUGAGGGACCGGGGACCCCCCGGGACCCCCCGGGACCCCCCCGGGACACCCCGGACACCCCUUGGGACCCCCAGGACACCCCCAGGACACCCCUCGGGACACCCCGGACAUCCUGGACACCCCUUGGGACCCCCAGGACACCCCCUGGACACCCCUCAGGGACACCCCGAGACCCCCCAGGGUCCCCUUCGGGGCAGUCCUGGACUGCUCCUGGCACAGCCUGGACACCCCCGGGGCUGCCCCUGGGCUGCCCCCAGACCCCUUUUUUGUACAAAACCCCCCAAUAAAGGGUAAAUGGGACCCUGGCGUGUGA